GUUUUAACGAUUUUACCACCUGGGCGCCAUUUUGACACUACAGAAUGAACUUUGUUUACAUUCGACGAGCAAGCAACAUGCAACCCGGCUUUGGAGUUAUAUUUUACGAAUGGAAUUAGAGAUUUGAAUGUGAUUUUUUUGUAUAUCCUUAUUUUGCAUCUAUUUAAUCAUGGAUCUUUACAAAAAAACAUACGUUGAGGCCCUUGCUAACAACGAGCAGGAGAUCGAAAAAUGGAAAACCUACCGAAACGAACAUCAACAAGUCAGUGAUAAUCUUAAAAUGUACCAAAGUCAACUGAAAGUAGAUAUACUUAUUCCGAUUGGCUCCAAAGCGUUUCUGCCGGGACAGCUCUAUCACACCGGCGAAGUGAUGACUAGUCACGGUAGUGGCUAUUUCUCCGAUUGUUCGGUUGAUCAGGCCAAACGUAUCAUAGAUCAUCGCAUAAACAAUGCCGAUAAAAUGCUACUUAAUUACGAACGCGAGAAAGAACUUUUUAAUGAUAAGCUACAGAUGCCAUUCUCAGAAGAUGCAUUUGGUGGACAUGAAAUUGUGGAGGAAUAUGAUGAAGCUCGGGAGAAUCUUUGGCGCCAAGAACACCGUAAUCGAAUGAAGGAAGCUAAAAGGCGUGAAGCUUUGUCCCGACAAGAAAACAGAACCGGCAAAGAUCAGGAUCUUUUUGAUCGUUUGGAAGAGCUGGAGCUCAUGGAAGAGCUUGAGCAUGAGAUGAAUAAUCUGGAUGUGCCAAUAGAGGAUGAUGAACAUUUGCGGAAACUGAUGUGCGGUGAAAUAAAAGUGAAUAAUAAAAAGAGGAUGGCACAUAGUUCAGUAGAUGGAAACACAAACAACACAAACAAUUCCUCACCAAGUUCUUUAGCGAUCAACUUAAAUAAGGAUGAUGAGCCAUAUGAAAUUCAAACAACAGAUGAUGAAAGCUCUAACUCUUCCGAAGAAUCAUACAGUGAUGUAUCAUCGGAGUUUGUUAAACUGCUUCAGGUAACAAAAUCAAUGAACAAACGAGACAAAAUCGCUGCAUUUAAACAAAAAUUAAGAGAAAUUGAUGAAAAACUCCGACAAAGUAGUGUCACUGUCGAGGAGAAGUUGGAUAUUUGUGAUCUCCGGUACGAGGUGGAGGAAGCUCUUGAUUUUUUGAACCCCUCUUGGGAAUCGCAAUCGGCUGCAGCCCAAGAUGAGACCGAUGUUAGCACUAAAAGAAAAAUAAAGUUUUCUGACACUAAUAGUGUAAAAAUAAUCGAAGGCAAGGAGUCAAUUUCAGAUAUGGAAAUGUGUAACUUACAUGAUGUCAACGCUGGUCCGACAUUAGAAUUGCAAGUAAAUCAUUCUCCAGCAGUGAGUAAGGAAACGCAUAUAAAUGACGGAGAUGAAAUAAAGAGCCCCGUCGAUAUUUACCGACUGUUUGAGCAUUGCUUACAGAAAGAAGAUAAUGUUGGCUCAGCUGUAGAGAUAAAAUCAAUCUUGAAGAAUCGAGAUAUGGUGCUGGCCGAAACGCACCAUGCAGAGGCUCCACCAUUGACGAAAAAUCGAAAAAAUCAAGAAAUACUUCCUGUUGAUAUCAUUGGAGAUGUGAUAGAACACAAAGCAGAGGAUUCAAUCCGGACAGUAUCUGUUAAAUCACGAAAAGUUAGCCGAUUUAAGCAACAGAAACGUUAGCGUGUCGAAUGUGUUCAUAAACGUAUGACUAUCACUGUAAACGAGGAUCAGCUCGACAAUCAACUGUUUUACCACAUUUAUAUUGCAGGGAAAACAUCAACAAACAAGCUUCCCAAUAACGAUGAGUUUAAAAAUAACUUGUAGCCAAGCAACCUAAAUGUUGUGAUGAACUGUUGAGUAUAAUAAAUUGUGACAAUAAACGUGAAGGAUGACAAGGAUAGAUCGGAACAAAAUACCAGUCGAUGAACAGACAGAUUUGUCGAUAACAAAUAAUAACAUAUGCUUAAGUCUAGACUAUUUGAUACAACUCGACGACUUUCAUAAACUUAGGUUCAAAUAAACGAUGCAAUAUCAGAACAAGCAACAAUUGCGGCCAAAAUACUGACCAACAUUUCGUAAAAUCAUAAUUUCACCUUUAGUUUGAUUGAGAAAGGAUUUUACGUAUUGAUUAUGUGCUUCAAGGUUAUGGUUUUAAUGGAGAAGUAGUAAGCAGGCAAAUUUGGUCAGUUCGAUACAUUAUGCAGUCCCACGAAUGACCCAAAUUGUAAAAUUCUGGCAAGGCCUCGGACUAGAAAUUAUUGCUAACGAAUCUUGAGUACAAAUAACUUCUGGGUGGAAGUGUUAGACGACACUGACACUGAUAAAAUAAUUGAC